AUGUUCUCCGUUCUCCCUGACCUGGCCCCGCGCGACUCCCACUCCCUCUGGUACACCUCGUCCCGCAACCCUCUCGCCUCCUCGACCUCCGGCCUCCUCUCGCCCUUCGAUGCGUCCCUCUCCCUUUCCUCCUCCACCUCCGCAGACGGACUAAUCACCAACAACUCACAAGCCAACAACCCCAACACCACCGCCACCUCAUCGAAUCAUGUCACCAGCCGAAAUGCCUCCCGCAACAUCCAAGCCGCCAUCAUCGAGCGUUCCUCGCUCGGCCGCCUCCGCGCCGACGAGACGUAUAUGGAGCGUCGCAAGGCCAACGUGAGCAACCUGGGUAGUACCUGGCUGAAGCCACCGGGCGUUAGCAAGACGCUGUUUCAGAUGCGCGAGGAGGAGCGCGAGAGGCAGGAGCACGAGGAGGCAAUGCGGCGCGAGGAGAUGCUAGCUAGGGAGCUGGCGGAGGCGGAGGCGGCGGCUGCUGCUGUUGCUGUGGGUGGAGCUGUUAAUGCGACUGUGCCGGUGCUGGGGGAGGUUACUGCUGCGGAGGGGAUGGAAGAGGGGGAUAUGAACACAGUCCCUGGUGGCGCCGAUGGUGACAUGGAGAUGAUGGAGGGUGAUGAUGACAUGGAUGAAAUGGGAGCGAGGGAUUUGGAUGAGGACAUUCCCGACGCAGAUGAGGGUGGGUUUGGAUAUGAUGGGGCUAGUGAAGACGAUGAAGAAGAAGAAGAGGAGGAGGAGGAGGAGGAGGAGGAGGAGGAGGAUGAUGAUGAUGCUGAAGAAGAGGAAGAAGCCACCAACGAACGAAACACCACCACCGGCGAUCAUGCCAACGACGACGAAGACACAAUCGAACCCCCACAAGCACAAGCACCCACAACAACAAGCACCGGCUCUUCCAUUCUGCAUCCCCACCGCCGCAACGACAAUACUGCCCAGCAACAGCGCGAGCUAGCCCACGUGCGCGCCAACGAAGAACGCAUGCGCGAGAUGAUGGCCCGCGGCGGUCUCCGGCCCACGCACAUCAACCUAGCCGACGGCGCCGCAGAUGAAGACGACGACCUCGACGAGGAAGACCGGUCCCACAUGCUAGAGGAAGACGACAUUAUCGGCGCCCACAACAACAGCUACGAAGGCACGGAAGGAGACAUGAUGGACGACAGCCUAGGCAUGAACGCUAACCUAGACGACGACAUCCCCGAAGCAGAUGAGGAGCAUGCGCAAAGCGGGUUCUACGAGCAUACCGAUUCCGAGGCGGAGAUCCUUGAAAGCAGCGAUCACGAAGAAGAACAAGUCAACGUAGACAUGGGUAGCGGUAGCCGUGGUAACGGUGGUAACAUGAGCAUAAGCGGCAGUAAUAGACGCGAUCACCGUGUUAGCUAUGGGCCUACACCCGGGUCGGGAUCAGCGCAGGGCCAGCAGCAUCGCCGCGUAUCGCUGCCGAGACAGCAGCAGCAGCAGCCGCCGCAGAACCAGCGGCUGUUGAGGACUAGUCUCGCGGGAAGUGCUAGACGGAGUACCUUGGGAGCGCCGAGGAGCAGCUUGGAUAUCAGUGGACUGUUGUCUGUUGACGAGAGCAGUCCUAUGAUGAGAAGUAGUCCAAGGGUGAGGAGGAUGCACCCGCACUAG